GUCCAAUGGAUUUCUGAGGAACAAGAGUCAGCCCGUCAGCUCAUCUAUUUGACUGUGCCGGGCGGGGCCAUAACCAAAAAAGACUGAAAAACCAGAACCGCCAGAAGACGCACGGCACAAUUCCUGGUAGCGGAACAUAGCUGGUCAUAUGACAUGUCCAUGUGACUUAACAAAAACAUAUUGAGAAACCGCCUGCUUGUUGAUGUUACAAGAUGCAGGUAAAGGAAAUGCGGGCAAGCGUUCGUGCUGGCUCGUCGAGGCCAGAAGACCAUGUCUUUUUCAUUUACGACAGAACUGCUUUGAAGAGCGAAUGGGAUGAUCCAGAAACUGCCAUACUGUUUUUCUUGCCUAAUGCCGUGCCAAUUAAAGAUCAAUGCUCUCUAUGUGGACAACUUGUGGGGAUGGUGUCCUUUUUUGAAGGGCUUCUUGUUGUCCCACCAAGGAUAUUCAAACUCAAAAAUGGAAAAUUUGCAAUAAAAUGUGUAGACAAUUUUGUCAUGGCUCUGGGUGGCAAACUAUCAGAUGCUGAUAAUCUGCUUUCUAAGCUAUUGUCAGAUUUGUACAGUGUAUUCCAGUUUUUUCACAAAUCCUUUGAUUCAGUUUUGCAGGAAGAUAAGCCAAUAGAUGAAGUCAAAAGAAGGAUGAUUGAAAUUUGGCAUUGCUAUGUGCCUUUUGUCAGACACUACCGCCAAGACACUCUUGCAUUUUUGGAUACAGUGCAGUAUUUGGAUUUUGGAAAGUAUGGAUUAUUUACAUAUUUAAAGGCAAUGCAAAUACUGGAAGCCUGCCAGCGACGCACACAAGCACUUUGUGGCUGCAUUAUAUCAAAAGAAAAGGUUGUAGCAUCUCAAGUCCAGCCUGAUAUUCUUCGGUUUCUUGCUUUCCUAAGGCCUUCUCAAGAUCACCUUCCCAUUUCUCAUUUAAACAUUGAUGGAGACCUUCCACAAGGUGUCCGAAUAUAUCCAGUAUAUGUCCGAAGAAAAGUGUACGAAGAAAUCUUUGAAACUUCAAAUCGCACGCCAUAUUCGCUUAUGAAGAAUAAAAGGAACCGGAGAAAUUCAUCUGAGAAUGACAUGGAAGCAAGAUCUCUUGAGAGACGGUCAGACCGCGUAGAUGAAUUUUUAAGUAAUAUUUCAAAAUCAAUGUCUCUAGGAAGGAGCCUUGUGGGAAGAUCACCUGAUGAUAAAACGUUGGCAAUGUCAACAACGUUUGGUUUCAAUGAAGACAAAGAUAGUGGGGUUUUAUCUAGGGAUUUGAAUAUUUCAGAAUCAAGCUCAAUCAGUGACCAGACAGAGCUCAGGUCUCGAAAAAGCACAAAUUCGUCUGCCAACAUCGAUUUUUCUACCUAUUCUAACCUAGAAAGUGAUUCGUUGGAUUGGCAUAGCGAAAAAGCAAGGUCGAAUUCCUUCGAUGGAUCCGAAAUUGACGCUAUUUUAGAAAAGAAAUUUGGAGGGAAUCUAGAAGAUCUCAAGGAAAGUGUCCGGAAGUUUAACCUUUGUUAUAAAGAAAACGAUGAUGGAACGGAUAACAGACAGUCUAGGCCUAGCCAAACUUGGUCGUCGCAAGCGGAAUGGACUAGUAAUGAUGACGUCACGCCUGUAGGUGACGACACGACAAUCAAUGCAUUUAAGAGAACUUGUGAAUAUAUUGAAAAAUGUAGCGAAAAAACAAAGAACUAUCAAGCUGAUGACGUCAAAGUUGAUCUAAAUAGUCAGAAAAUGGACUGUAUUUUUAGUAAGAAAGUAGAUAAUGCUUCAGAUAGUAUAAUUCACGAGGAUACAACUAUACGGACAGAUCAAAACGGUACACCUACUGAACUUGGUACUUUGUCAGUCGAUGACACCGAAGUCAACGAGAAUGAAUCAAAUCGUCUUACUGACGUCAAUACGGGCUUGAAUAGCCGCGACAAAGAUAAAAUGUCUGAUGAUUCAUCUAGAUUUUUAGUUUUGGCAGAUUUUGAACAUCAAGAUCGAGAUACCUCUGAAAACUUUGUUAAUGAACAAAAUGAUUUGGAUGGAGAUAUUAAGAAAGUUUUAUCAAAAAGUAGUGACUGCAAAUCAAACGACAUUGAUUCUGAUUCAGCGUCCUUAGCGUCGACUGAUAAUAGUAACCUACAGAGUUCAUGUUCAGGAAUUGUAAACGAAUCGUCUUUAAGCCGAAACCUAUCAUCUGAUAUAGCGUCAAGUUUCGAAGACAAUAAUCGACCAAAACCAGUCUUACACCACAUAGACACAAAGAUAAACGAGCUUGCUUGUAAAGAGUAUGAUAGAAUUAAACCUACAGGAAAUACCGUUUAUUCAUCACAAACGCGGGAACAACGUAAAAACAGUGCAUUUGCUGAUGCUGUUGUACAAAAACUCAAAUCAGAAAAGCUCCGUGAAAACGAGAUUCAUUUAUCAGGAGACGAUGGAUAUUCAAGUAUGGAUAAGGAUCUAGACAGACAGCGAAACGAGGCCACAGAAAAAGAAGUGUCGCAAUCUAGGGAUGAAUCAAAUUCUGGCUGGACUAAAGAAACCUUGCUUGAGGAUAAAGACGAUUUGAUGACGUUGCAUCUUUAUGUCCAAUCAAAUUCAAACACCGUCCUUAUAGUGUUUCUUGAACCUCAGUCAGACUAUGACCAGAAGAUGCUACGCUCUAUAUACGAAAUCGUUGUUGCGCAGUUGGGAGACUUGGAACUUGGCGUCCAACACUUGCUUGAAAACACAGAAGCAAAUAAAUACAGCGAUGAAUUCGUCUACUUAACCUAUAACAGUGAACAAAAGACGCAAGCAGGAAACUGCAUGUUCAUAUCCCAAAGGGAUUACAUAUUUGGCAAUGCAAUGGCAACUUUGCACGCGCAAUUUUCUAACUCAAAGACAAUGGCUGAAGCUACGUUCAGGGAUUACAAGACUGCAGUUUAUGGAAAACGCACGAAUCACCAAGAGACAUACUACCAACCUCGAGGAAAUUAUAAGCCGAUACAGGGAGCACCUACGCCAUAUGAUGGUUCAUGUGUAUUGGAUCGCAGGCUUAAUAGCAAAUUGCGAAAGGACAACGUUGGAAUCAUUUUAUAGUGAUUAGUUAAGGUUCUUCGCAGGUCUUUUCCGGCAGCCAUGGCAAAACUGGAUAGAUAUUUCAAUCAGUUAUGUGUCAUAUAUGUCAAAGAGCUUGGUGACUGGAGUUGUUGCCUGGAGACAAUUUGUGAAUCGUCUGUUAUUGCCUAGGGUCUGUUGCCUCCUUUGCUAAUAUGACGUCCUACAAAUGUGUUUUCUACCUGUGUUUGCUAUAGCUGCCAGGUUUUCACUGGUCCUUGCCAUAAUGCCCAAAUUGCUUAGACUUCUUGAUCCAUCGGCAUAUUUUCCUCUGAGUUAUCAUCUGUGAUAUUUACAUCAUCGUCACCGCUGUAACGCUUAGAAUCGAAGAAGAUAGAAUUAUGUUUUAGAAUUAAAAAUAAAUCAUUAGAUAUUUAGAUUUGAGGUGUUAAGCUAAAUUGUACGUGAUUCUGUUUAACAUUUUUAGAAGUGCCAAAUAAUUUAAAUGGCUUUGAAUGAAUUUUUCACGCAGUGCAUAAUUUGAUCCUGUUUAAAUUUUAAGACAUUUUCACGUGAUCUACAUGUAGUUAUUUGUUUAUUUAGAAUUUAUAGUUUGCAUCUAAGGAAGAAUGUUCUUAUUUCAAGCAAUUAGUUAAUA